CCCAACACCUUCAAACUCGAUGCAUAGAAUUUCCCAUUAAAGCCAAUGGCAUUAAUGAACUGAAAAUGUUCACCUCAGCCAAAAGGAUUGGUGACAUCACUGUCUUGUUUUGACCACACACGUUCUUUUCCGACUCCCAUUUUACAGAACACAAAAGCUGGGGAAGAAGCUCCUGUUAGCACCAUAACUAUACAGGUUUUCUUAGGAUGUUUGAGAUCCAUGGGAUGAAAUGUAGAUAAAGUUGCAAACUUGAAUGGAAUACGAGUAUCCCAAGUUGGAAGAUUACAUGAGUUGUGGCCAUAGGGACUUCCUUAUUGGGCUACAAUUUUUUGACUUUGUUGAUCUCCAUGACUUGGGGACACCACCAAAACUGAUGUUUUCCAUUAGACUGUUUAGUUGAGAUUGAGCUGCUCGUGAAGGAAAUAUUACGGGUAUGUAGCUUGGGGCAGAGGCUUUAAAGUGACCAAGAUCAGAUGUAGCUACCAAGUAAACAUAUACUUGGAGCACAAGGUCCUGCUGGUGUUACUAAAUCAUGGAGAUGUGAUUCCAAGAAAUGUGGUUCCAUUGCAAAAUUGCAAAACUCAACAGCAUGCCUUCAACAUCUCAUUCGAAGAAUCUGGUUGCUAUUGGUGGCAUGGUAGAAGAAGGCUACGUUAUGAUCCUUGGAAGCAUUUUCACUACUACUCACCUUGGUCGAUUGUGGAUGGAGAAAGGAUACCUAUUGAUUACUGCUUUCUGAAUAGUUCCAGAGGAGGCUAUGGCCAUUGGGCUACUCCCCCUUCCGAUCGCAAAAAAUCAUUUUUAUUUCCCUAUUUCAGUUAUGGUGGGGACUGUUGUUGUUUCCCAACUUUUGUGGUUUAUCAGUUUGGAAAAAACUAAAAUUGGAUGAAACAAGAAUGCAAUCAAAAUGGCCUUAUUGAUCCAAAUGAUCCUAAGGAGCAACUGAUACAAUUCUGUAAUGCCAUUUUCUUUGACAGGAAGUUUUAUGCACUAAGUUUGCAGGGGACCCUUGCAAUAAUAGAAGAGAUCAAUGAAUCUCAGUUUCAAGUCACGCGAUUAAGUAGAAAACGAGCCAUUCCUUCAAACUACUCAAAGCAUUUCAUUGAGUACUUUCUUGAGUCUAACGGGGAGAUCUUGCUCAUUUUCCUGAUAUCAGAAGGAUCAAACAGUAUGGUGGACAAAGUGGAAGUGUUCAAGCUGCAGAUUGGAGAUUUGUCAUGGUUAAAGCUGGACAACCUCGGAGAUAGAACGUUAUUUACGGGGAUUAAUUGUUGUAUGUCAGUGCUUGCAAGUCAAGUUGGUUGCAGAAACAACUGUGUCUAUUUUACUCAUCAUUCCAUUGAUGGUUAGAGACUGUAUGAUAUGGGAAGUGGUUGCACUUCCCCCUGUUAUGAUAAUAUUGGUUCCGAGAUUAAAAAUCCAACGUGGGAGGAGCCAAUAACUGGAAAUUCAUCACAACAAUGAACUACAUUUUAUGAUUCAGUAUCUCGUGUAUGAUGUAUUAUCAUUCUAACAUGUUAGUAACCUUGUUACUGUGUGAAAUUGGUCAUAAAGUAUAACUUAUCGAAAACAACUCUUAUAUUGAGAAG